AUGGUGCAAGGAUCCUUGAAAAAAGCCACCCCCAGUGGCCCCGGCCGAAAGCCAUCAAAGACCACAAGACCAGGUGUUCGCUCCGUGGCGCCUAAGAAAGCUGGACUGAUCAAGCAGAAGAAGUUGACGAAGCAACUCACAUCCGGUCUCGUGAAUAUGACAGAAAAGAGUCUUGCGACGAAAGCGGGUCAUUUGGAGCUGUUGGCUGGUGGAAAGAAGGAUCGAUUGCAGAAGGAGAGGAACCAGGCGAAAAAGGAUGGAACUCUGAAGUCUGGACCUAAGAAGGCUUAA